CUCAAACACCAAUCCCCCUUCUACUAAACCACCACUACACACUCACCAACUACAACAACAACAACAACAACAACAACAACAACAACAACAACAAGAACUACCCAAUAUGCCCCCACCAGCCCUCCCCACGCUCUCCUACCUCUCCCAGGAGUCCAACUCGGCCCUCACGCGCAAAUUCGGUCCCGAAACCGCCAACUACUUCUCGGGCUCCCCCUUGAACCGACUCUCGUGGUUGCGCUCCGACCACCUCUUUUUGAGGGCCGCGUUUUCUCAUGCCUCGGCCCGGUUCUUGUUGAUGAACAACUUGGGGCCGAUGGUGGAGAGCAAGCAGAAUGACGCGAGGUUGGCGUUCGCGGGACCGGAAGAUGUGAAGGGGUUGUUGGGUAGCGGGGAGGAAGUGUUUAGGAGUGAGGAGGAAGUUGUGGGUGGGUAUGAUAGUGAGGCGGCAGGGAAAGGUGAGAGGAUGGUGGUGUUUUUGGGCGUGGAUCUUGUGGAUGAGAAGAAGAAGCAGCAGCCGCAGGAGGGGGAGGAUGUGUUUGUGUGGAAGGAGUUCAGGGGGGCGCCGUAUUUUGCUGUUGACGUUACGCCGCGUGAAGGCGAUGGCGAUGAGGGAAAGGCAAAGGCGGAGGAGUUGAUCAAGAAGAUGGAGGAGGAGAAGGGACAUGCGUUUUUGAGCGCUAGUCCUAGGGGGAUGGCGUUGGAGGCUGGACAUGCUGCCAUGUACGGCCAAGCUCGCGCCGUGGUUGACUGGAACGCCCGCAACCCUUUCUGCGCCCAAUGCGGCCAGCGCACCAUCUCCGUCCACGCCGGCACCAAGCGCGUGUGUCCCCCGACGGACAAGGGCAAGGACCGCGCUCCCUGCGCCACUCGAGGCACCGUCUCGAACCUGUCCUUCCCGCGAACCGACCCGACCGUGAUCAUGGCCAUCAUCAGCGCUGACGGCACCAAGGUUUUGAUGGGGCGUAACCGGCGCUGGCCUCAGUAUUGGUACAGCACCCUCGCCGGGUUCCAGGAGCCGGGUGAGUCGAUCGAGGAGGCGGUCCGCCGCGAGGUCUGGGAGGAAAGCGGUGUCACGGUUGGACGGGUGGUGCUGCACAGCUCGCAGCCGUGGCCUUUCCCGGCUAGCUUGAUGAUUGGAGCUAUUGGCCAGGCGCUGCCGGGCGAUGGAGAGAAGAUCUUCUUGGGGCACGAUGCGGAGCUGGAGGAUGCCAAGUGGUUCCCCUUUGAGGAGGUCAAGGAGGCGUUGCUCAAUGGGGCGAGUGCUCUAGGAGAGGCGGCGCCGGCGGGAUAUGUAGAGGGUGCGUUGAGGUUGCCGCCGCAGACGGCUAUUGCGAACCGGUUGGUCAAAGCCGUGGUGGAGGGGUGGUGGACUAUGUCGAAGAUCUGAAGUGGUGAGUUGAUAUAUAGAUAGAUGGCCUUUGCAUACAUAGACCUUUAACUUUUCUUGGAG